AUGCUGUGCGCUGCCUCGCUCAUCGCGUGCAACCCGCCGAUCUCCGUUGCUGUCAAGGAGGCCGUGGCCGUGGCCUCUGACCACCGCCUGCUGUGCUGGUCAAUGCCGUGCCAGUGUGACCGCUCCGCGCACGUAGGCCAGGCCUCUGUCGCCCAGCGCCGCGUGCUCCUGGACGUGGCCGCGUGGUUUGAGAUCGCACUCGCCGACCCUGCCACGGGACGGGGUUUCAGUGCCGACGAGAUGCUCCAAGCCAUCGAGCAGGAUCUGCAGGCGAGGGCCUCCAACAACUUUCCACAUGACCGUGAGGCAUGCCUCGCCGCCGCACGGGCGGUGUCCGCCGUUCGCCAGAGCGGCGCGGCUCGUGCUGGCGCCGGUCUCUCCACCAGGCGCCGGCGCCUUUACUCCAUGGCUGAGCUUGCGGACGUUUUAGAGACAUUUAAAGUGGCAUCCAGCGCGCUACGUGGCUGCUACGCCUCCGUUAAGUCACCAUGCGUGCAGGGCCGACGCCUCACGCUAGCGUUGGCGAAUCUCUCUAGGUCCUGUGGUCUCACCAGCACCUGCUGGUCCGCGAGGCAAUUUACACCGCUUCACAAGUCGGGCCCCCGCGUGGUGCGUGAUGUCGCGUGCCUCCGGCCCAUCUCGAUCUCCACUGUCAUGUCUGCGGUUGUGGACGCCCUCUGGGCACAGCGCAACCGCUCUGCGCUCACGCAAUAUUGCGGCGCUGGCCAGCAGGGCGGGGUCGGGGACCCCUUGCUUGUGUUGCUAGCGCUGCUGCUCCACGCGCAGCUCCGCGGCGCCCAAGGGCUCCCCACGUACUGGGCGCUUACUGACCUUCGCUGGGCCUUUGAUGUGGCCUCGCAUGAUGCCAUGCGCCUGUCGUCGUAUCUUGGUGGCGUGGUGGAGGACGAGUGGCUCUUGUUGGAUGGUUUCAUCCAGAUGGACAUCCAGUUUGUAGCCCUCCAGGGGCUGGUGGUCGUUGCGCAAUGCGGCUGGACGUGCCAGUUGGGCACGCGGAUGCUCGAGCGAGCAAUCGUGGCGCGCGCCCGUCUUUUGGCGCAGCCUCCCGACCACCCUGGCGCCCGCAUGCUCGCGCUGGCGCGCCGCCUCACGUGCGCCUCCUGGGCGAGCGCCGUCGCCGCCCGCAUGGCGGAGCUCGCGCCACCUGUCCUGGACAUCGAUGUCCACCCAGCUUUCCGCCACCCUCUGCGUGGCGCCCAGGGCUCUCUGCAGUUGCGUGGGUCUCUGCUGCGUGACUUCAAACUCCAGGUGGUUCGCCCGGCCCUGCGGGCGCGCGAUCGGGCCGCGUUCCAACGCGCGACCGGCGCCCGUUUGCCCACGCUCGGGAUGUCCUUUGCUGUGCUCGUCCCCGAGCCCAACCAGCUACCGAUGGCCUUACUUCAGUUGGAUUUUGGGCCACAUAUGUGGCGCAACUUUCGCAUGUGGUCCGUUGCGCGUAUGUCUGGGGCAUGGCCCCUCCCAGUCCUUGGCGUGCCGUGUCUCCCCGUCACUCUGGACCGCUGUGCUGCUUGCGGAGCUGCGCAGGUGGACAUUGCCCAUGCUAUUUGUGGCUGGCCCAGGCAGGCCGCGCAGCGUGCCGAUUUGGAGUCUCGCGCCCUGCUCCCGCCGCUACGGCACGCGGCCAUGUACAUGUACCAGCUCUUCUGCGAGGGGCCGCCGCCUGAAGAGAGGUGGCACCACGUUCUCUACGUGGCGCGCGCCUUGCACGACUCGAUAG